CUUGAAGGUUCAUUUAUCAUGAAACGCAUUCGAUGAAAACAAUGGAAUCGAUUUUUAAUUUACUGGCAAAUCAUAAUUUUCCAUUUUCCAAUUAAAAUUUAUAUUUCCUUAUUUCCCGAAAAGUGUGGCUCAGUUCACUGAAUUCACGCACCUUAAAUUAUAGCAUAAUGCUUAAACGUAUCAUUUUGUUCUUUUAUGUAAUAUUGUUGCAAACUGCAUUGUUGAAAGGAAUGAUGAGUGGAAUGGAGAGGUUACAAGAGCCACAAAUGUCAGCAUGCUUAAAAAAAAUUUUCUGCCUAACCUCUAGAGAAAUGAUGCCAGUGUGUCUUUCUGAUGGAAGAACAUAUGCCACUAGGAGUAUUGUCGAAUGUUUGAACCGUUGUCUACCUCCAGAGCAGAACGUCCACAUCGAAUACUUCGGAUAUUGUGUGCAUGACAUUCUAAUGACAUACGCUAUGGAAGCAAUAUUGGGAUCCUCAUGAACUGUGAAGACAAUUAUGUCUUAGAUGUAGAUUACUGUAUCACUGUAAAUCACUUUUUUUCAAUUGAACUCCUUUUGAUCAUUCCACCUAAAUGGAUGAUGUUCAAUUGAAAAACUAAUAAAGAGAAUGAAAUUUUCAGAUGAGA